UAGAAAUAUCAACCAAAUCAUAUACAUUGGACGGACAGCAUAAUUCUAAUUAUAGUUAAUUUUCUCCUCCUUCCUAUGUAUAAAUAAAAUACCUGCCUAUUUCCAUAAUCGCACAUCUCAAGUGAAAAAGUUGCAGUUCAUAAGGAAAGAAAAUGAAAGGUGGUCAGUUGGUCUCAAUAUCUUUUUUUGUUCUACUUUUUUCAGUAGCUGCUAGACCCACCGAUGUAAGUAUACUUAAAAGGAUCCAUCUUAAGCUGUUUUUACAAUACUUUCUUUUGUCAAGCUGAUCUACGCGAUGAUCUUAAUGAUUUUUUUUUCCAAAUGCAGAAUGAUUGUGUUUACACGUUGUACGUGAAGACGGGUUGGAUGAUGAAAGCAGGGACGGACUCGAGGAUCAGUGUAGUUCUGGGCGAUUCGUUCGGGCGGUCAGUUUGGAUUCCAGAACUCCGUUCAUGGGGUUUAAUGCCAUACGCCCACGACUACUUCGAACGUGGCAACCUUGAUGUCUUCAGUGGGCGAGGUAGCUGCAUCGGCUCUCCCUGCCGCCUCAACUUGACCUCCGAUGGCUCGGAGUGGCACCAUGGCUGGUACUGCGACUACAUCGAGGUCACGUCCACCGGACCUCAACAACCAUGCGCCCAGACCGUGUUCUAUGUUGAUCAGUGGUUGGCCACUGAUAUUCCCCCUUUCCAGUUAACGGCGUUUCGUGAUGGGUGCUAUAUGCGGGAUGAGCCUCGCAAGCGUGGCAGGAAUGUGCCUCUCAUUGUUGGGAAUCCCGAAAGACCUGCUUGAUGGCUGCCUUUUGGGUUCAAAAUAGUUGCUAAUAAUGUGGCAGAGAUGGCAGUGAGAGGUUUAAUUUGGUCCGGUUGUUUCGGAGAUCUUUGCAUUUUUGGAUCUCUAGUAGAUAUGCUUUUCCUUCUUAGUUCUUUAAUCAAUUUAAAAUAGAUAAAUGAGUUUUGGAUAGUUA